UCUCCUCUCCUUCUGAUCAGCACACGGAGUCCAGUCCAGCAGCUCCUCGGAGGCCAAACAACAGGGAGGAUCAGCCAGUAUCACCAGUAUUACCAGGGACCAGCACCAUGGCGCUCACCAACGACCCCAACUACAAGAAGCUGGAGCAGUGGUACAAAUCCAAGGCCGGCGGACUUGUCAUGAGGGACAUGUUCGAGUCCGACAAGGACAGGUUCAACACUUUCAGCACGACUCUGCAGACAGACGAUGGAGAAAUCCUGCUCGACUACUCCAAGAACCUCAUCAACCAGGAAGUGAUGGCCAUGCUGCUUGACUUGGCUCGGUCCCGGGGAGUGGAGGAGGCCAGAGACAAGAUGUUCUCUGGAGAGAAAAUCAACUUCACCGAGGGUCGUGCCGUGCUCCACGUGGCGCUGCGUAACCGCUCCAACGCGCCCAUCCAGGUGGACGGUCAGGACGUGAUGCCUGAGGUGAACCGCGUGCUGGACAAGAUGAAGGCGUUCUGUCACAGAGUCCGCAGCGGCGAGUGGAAAGGCUUCAGCGGGAAAAGCAUCACAGACGUGGUGAACAUCGGCAUCGGAGGCUCCGACCUGGGCCCCCUGAUGGUGACAGAGGCUCUGAAGCCGUACUCGGCUGAAGGACCAAAUGUUUGGUUCGUCUCAAACAUCGAUGGGACGCACAUGGCCAAAACCCUCGCUAAGCUCAACGCCGAAACCACGCUGUUCAUCAUCGCCUCUAAGACCUUCACCACUCAGGAAACCAUCACCAACGCAGAGUCUGCCAGGGACUGGUUCCUGCAGACGGCCAAGGACAAAUCUGCUGUGGCCAAACAUUUUGUAGCUCUGUCCACCAACGCAACCAAAGUGAAGGACUUUGGCAUCGACACAGCGAACAUGUUUGAGUUCUGGGAUUGGGUCGGAGGUCGUUACUCUCUGUGGUCUGCCAUCGGUCUGUCCAUCGCCCUGCACGUCGGCUUUGAGAACUUUGAGCAGCUUCUUGCAGGAGCUCACUGGAUGGACAACCACUUCCGCAACACCCCCCUGGAGCAGAACGUCCCCGUGCUGCUGGCCGUCCUCGGUGUGUGGUACAUCAACUUCUUCCAGGCAGAGACGCACGCCAUGCUGCCCUACGACCAGUACAUGCACCGCUUCGCUGCAUAUUUCCAACAGGGCGACAUGGAGUCUAACGGGAAGUACAUCACCAAAGACGGCGUUCGCGUCAACUACCACACCGGACCAAUCGUUUGGGGCGAACCAGGGACCAACGGACAGCACGCCUUCUACCAGCUCAUCCACCAAGGAACUCGAAUGAUUCCUGCCGACUUCCUCAUUCCUGCUCAGUCUCAGCAUCCAAUCAGAGACAACCUCCACCACAAGAUCCUGGUGGCGAACUUCCUGGCUCAGACAGAAGCUCUGAUGAAAGGAAAAACCUCAGACGAAGCUCGUGCUGAGCUCGAGGGUGCCGGCGUGAAGGGAGAGGCUCUGCAGAAGCUGCUGCCGCACAAAGUCUUCGAAGGAAACAAGCCAAGUAACUCGAUCAUUUUCAAGAAGCUCAGCCCGUUCGUCCUGGGAGCUCUCGUUGCAAUGUACGAACACAAGAUCUUUGUUCAGGGCGUCAUGUGGGACAUCAACAGCUACGACCAGUGGGGCGUUGAACUCGGGAAGCAGCUGGCGAAGAAGAUCGAGCCGGAGCUGAAGGACGACUCCGAGGUCACCUCCCACGACUCGUCCACCAACGGCCUCAUCAGCUUCCUGAAGAAGAACUUCGCCUGAAUCCUCCGUCACCUUCCUCCGUCUGCUGGCUCCUCCCACCCUGUAGUCCUCCUCUCUCAUUGGCUGAAUCCUGUGUUGGCGUGUCUGUAGAUGUGUUGCUUCUGUGUGGAGGGCGAAGAGAAAUGUGCACAUGUUACUGUAGUCAUCACACAUGACUGUCAAAAUAAAAGUUUGUCACUGAA